CGCAACUCAUUUACAUACAGAGUUUUGGAGGAGCCAAUAUAAAGACUGCUGCUUGUCUGUGGUAAUGAUAACAGCUUAUGCGUCCUUUUACAGGAGUUUAAAUUCCAGACACAUACUUCUGAAAUCAAAUCACCCGUUCUCCAUCAUUUUGGUAGAUAGGGAAUUUCUGAAAAUUUCUUGCUGCAAAAUCAAAUCAUUCUCAAGUUUUUUUUCCGCCUAAAUUUAUCAUUCGCUGUAGACACGUUUGUAAAGCGUAAUAUUAUCAAUAAAUUCCACGAAGACAAGGAAAACUCGAUGAAGACGGAGGGCACGGUGCAGAACGUCCAGUUCACCGGCAGAAAGCGCAGUCUUAUCGAAGAUGCCCGGAGGGAACGGGAGAGCGGGUCAGCAUCGCCCGGUCCCUCUCGCUGCGCGGACAACUUCGUGUUCGAGGAGAAGGACGGCAAAGUCACGCUCAAUAUCCUCUUCAUUCUCAGCAGCGAGAAGAAUUCAGGGCUAUCUAAGACCGGCAAGGUUUUUGAGACUUUUGAGGCCAAGAUUCAUCACAUUGAAACACGGCCAGGUAGGAGGACCAAGGACAGCGUGAUGGCAGAUUUGGAAUACUUUAUAAGGUGCGAAGUUCACAGCUCCGACACGGACGUUUUAAUCAAUUCCCUCAAAAGAGUCGCAGAUGAUGUCCGCACGAUCCCAGAGGAGAAAGUUCCUUGGUUUCCGCGGAAGAUCGGGGAUCUUGACAAGUGCACUCAUUUAAUAACAAAAUACGACCCCGAUUUGGACCAAGAUCAUCCUGGUUACAGCGAUCCAGAGUACAGGAGGAGGAGAGCUUUCAUCUCUGAGCUGGCGUUUAACUACAAACAAGGAGACCCUUUGCCUGUAGUGGAGUACACGCCUGAGGAGGUCGCUACAUGGAGACAAGUGUACCGGACUCUCAGGAGUAUAUACCCGACACAUGCCUGCAGACAGUACUUUGAGACCCUGCAGCAGCUGGAGAAGGAGUGUGGGUACGGGGAGGACUGUAUUCCUCAGCUGAGAGAUAUCUCCACCUUUCUGAAAGAAAGGACAGGGUUCCAGCUGCGUCCGGUGGCUGGCCUGCUCUCUGCCAGAGACUUCCUGGCCAGCCUGGCAUUCCGAGUAUUCCAGUGCACUCAAUAUAUCCGGCACUCCUCCACACCGAUGCACUCUCCAGAGCCAGACUGCUGUCAUGAAUUGCUAGGACAUAUUCCCAUGCUGGCAGACAAGGAGUUUGCUCAGUUUUCUCAGGAGAUUGGUCUCGCUUCGUUGGGGGCGUCGGAUGAGGACAUUGAAAGGCUGUCCACACUCUACUGGUUCACUGUAGAGUUUGGGCUCUGUAAACAGGAUGGAACAGUGAAGGCAUAUGGAGCCGGACUGCUGUCAUCCUAUGGAGAGCUCAUGUAUGCUCUUUCCAACAAACCGGAGUACAAACCCUUCAAUGCCGAGGAGGCCGCAGUCCAGCCGUACCAAGACCAGACCUACCAGCCGGUCUACUUCGUGUCAGAGAGCUUUGAGGACGCCAAAGCUAAGCUGAGGCGGUACUCAUUGUCAAUCCAGAAGCCCUUCAUGGUGCAGUACGACCCGUUUACCUGUAGCGUGGAGGUCCUGGACCAGCCAGGGAAGAUCCAGAACACCCUUAGCCAGAUGAAGGAGGACCUGAGGACGCUGCACAGCGCAUUGGAGAAGCUGGUCUGAAUCAGAACCGAGCCCAGAAUUUAGCACGGCACAGUGGAGAAACGGGCCCAAAGCACAGAAUGUCAGCCAGAAAAGGCCCAACAGUGGAGGUUUACAGAGGGAGAGAACACACAACCCAAGUCAUUUCAUCUCUGUUCAUCUCAUCCCUGCUUAGAGAGCAUGUGCGAACAGCACAAUGGAGUGGGUGGGUGGGCGGAGACUGGGUGGAGUUUUCUCAGGGUGGGCGGUACCUGAGUAGCCCCACAAAGUGGUUGUGGUGGGAUUCCACAGUAUGAGACUUUUACAACAGACAGCAUGACUGGGCAAUACAUAUA